CCUCUUCCUCCUUUCCCUCAGCAACGCGCGAGGGUGCGUCAUGGCGUCGUCGUCGUCUCCCAUCUCCGACGCUGAUGUACUACUAACGCCAUGGGAUACGCUCUCCUCAGCGUCAUCCUCGUUUCACCUGACGGAGGUCGCUUAGCGAUGCGCCGUUCGUCACGCUGGUCGUGAUUGCAGCGUGCGAGAGAUGCCCGGCAUUGUGGUCUUCAAGCGGCGCUGGUCCGUCGGUUCCGAUGAUUUCGUCGUGCCCGGGAUUUUUCUUCUCAUUCUGCACACCAUAUGGCUGGUUGUGCUAUCAGUACUGCUCGGUGCUCUGGACUUCAGUGUGGCUUCCUGUCUAGAAGAGCUCCAGGAACAUCUCUUGGGCUACGUGAUACUUCUCUCUGGUUGCGUCCUCGUGGAAGCUGCCAUCUGCUGCGUCUCAAUGCGGGGAUCCAUCCUAGACACUCAACCCAGGGCGCCCAUGCAAUACCUGCUGUAUGUCAGGCUAGGUAUCCUCUUAGUAGAGGUGUCCUGGCUGGUGGUAGGAGUGGUCUGGGUGAGCAAGUAUUACCACGACUGUCCGAUGGGAGCAGCCAGGGAAGCCGUAUUAGGAAUUAUAGUGUGUAACUGGUGCGUACUGUUGAGCGUCCUGGUGACGGUUUGGUGCACUUUUGAUGCCGCUGGGCGGACAUGGGUGAAAAUGAAGAGGUACCAGAGGAGCUUGAGAGACGCCAAACUUCGCUAUCGGCGUUCCGGCUCUUCGCAUCGCAAUUGGAGACACCGGAAGGCAGUCCGCGAAUACCAGGACAGCUGGAACAAGAGGUGUCGGUUACUUUUCUGCUGUAUGGGCACUAAUGAUAGGAAUAGGAAUUCAUUUACGGAGAUUGCUAAGCUCCUGUCCGACUUCUUUCGCGACUUGGACGUUGUUCCUUCCGACGUAGUCGCGGGGCUCGUGCUGCUCCGGCGAUGUCAACGCCAGGAUAGGUUAAGAAUUGCUGCACAGAAAAAUAACGACACAUACCAAUUCCUGUCGGGUGUGGCGGUGACGCCCAAUACCCAGUUCCUAGACAUCCAUCAUCCGCCAGCACGGCAAGAAGUGCAGGAUCUGGCUCAUUACAUGCAGUACGCGCUGGGCGUGUACGGCUGGCCCAUGUUCAUGAUGACGCAUGGCGGCACAGCGUGUUGUCAACUUUUACCCGGCCUUAGGUGUUGCUGCCUCGGUGCUAAAAAGCACCGCGAGAGGGCGCUAGUGCUGGACGACAACUGCUGCGGCUGUAACUAUGCGGCGCUACGACGCAUGGUCAAGCACCCAAACACGGAUGUCGUGUACGCUACCUACCACGUUGACGUGGGAGAGACGCCCUUCUUUGUAGCUGUUGAUCACGAGAAACGAACCGUUGUUGUCUCGGUUCGAGGAACGCUUUCGCUGCAGGACGUAUUAACUGACCUCAACGCUGAGGGCGAACAGCUGCCUACAAACCCAGUGCACGAAGAUUGGAUAGGGCACAAAGGCAUGGUUCAAGCGGCAGAGUACAUCCGCCGGAAGCUUCUAGAAGAAGGCAUCCUGGGUCAGGCCUUCAACUUCAGCAUAGAGAAGGGAACAACUCAAUACGAACUUGUCCUGGUGGGUCAUUCGCUGGGCGCUGGAGCUGCCGCCAUCUUGGCUAUCCUCCUACGACAGGAUUUCCCGAACCUCGUCUGCUACGCUUUUGCUCCUCCUGGAGGUCUUCUCAGUCUCCCAGCUGUGGAGUACAGCAAGGCCUUUAUAACAUCCGUUGUGCUCGGAAAAGAUGUGGUGCCCCGCAUCGGUCUGCACCAGAUGGAGGCUCUGAGGACGGAUCUUAUCUCUGCCAUUAAAAGAAGCAAGGACCCCAAGUGGAAGAUCAUUCUGGGCGGCGUGCUGUGCUGCUGCCCAGCUGCAAGUGAGGACGGUGAGGGCGGUGGUAGCAUCAACGGUGGAUGCCAGCAGCACGCCGAGAGAGACGUAACGUCACACCCGAGCGAUGCCACUAUCGCGCUAACGGCGCACCAACCCCUCUAUCCACCGGGUAGGAUCCUGCACAUUGUCAGGAAUCAUCCCACAAAUCAGAAAUAUGAACCUACUUGGAGUUGUCCUUGCAGGCGGGUAGUACGUAAGCAAGAUCCCGUCUACCAGGCACUGUGGGCCGACAAUCGGGACUUCGACCAAGUUCUGAUUUCUCCGGUCAUGAUUCAAGACCACAUGCCUGACAAGCUACUCGACUCGCUCUGUAAGCUUCUCGUACAGACCGGACCAACGAAGCCUCAACGUGGUGGCAGCAUAGCUAACUCUCUGGGGCCCAGCGAUACGCCCUUAUCUUCUGGAGGACCACCGAACUCGAGUCCACCAGAUGCGGUCGAACGUCGCGGCGUCGUCCUGGAAACCUCUUUUACGGACCUCCUACCUCAAGACGAUCCCGACGCUCUGCACGGUUCCAUGCAAGAUCUCCUCGUGCACCAGGUACGACAAUUUCGGCUCGCACCGCCAUCACACAGGCACGCGGGAGGGGCGUACGGCAGCUUGUCCUCCAGACAAAGUUCCUUCGAUGCUCAGCCGGUGCUCGGUAAUCAUCGUUGGGCGCCUCUUGCUUCUCCCGAAACUCUCUCCGAAGUCUCCAGCGUCUCUUCGGCAGGAGGAGUGAACAACAUUCAGAAGCGCUAUCCACAGCCUUUAAGUUCCGGCCUGGGAUCACCCGAAGACGUUCUUGAAGAGGAAGGACCUAUACUGGUGACGAGAGCCACCGUCGAAUCGUGUCCCAUGUUUCAUCCGGACCUCCUCCUCAUUGCUCCCUCCAGUGUGGUUCAUGAACAGCAGGACGACGCACUGCGAAUAGCAGUUGGGGAGGCCUUGCGCGAAGAAUUGUGCGGAGGUGGUAUGCAUUCCGAAGGCUGCGACAGCACGUACGCCAGCAGCAGUACCACCGUCGAGCGACUUGCUUCCCCACGAGUAGAAACGUACUGUGCCAACACUACUGGAGAACAGUGUUCUUCAACGGAUCACUAUUGUUUCGCGGCGUCUGCGGAAUCAGGCGAUUCGCUGUAUGCUUCGGGAGACUCCCUCCUGGCGUCUUCUAGUCCCAGACUCGAUCCACCGCCCCGCCGACCUCCUCCCACGGAAAGUAGUCUAUAAGGUGCCGCGAAAUUACCCGGUGAAGACUUGCCUUCGCUCGUCACAUAUUGACGUGCCUGAAAGUGCCGCGAGUCCGACGAGACCGUCGUCGCCUAACCACUCAGGGUUUGCCGUGCUUGACAGGUAACAUGCGACGCGCAACCCACGACACAUCAACUUGCAAUUUGCGACAUGUAACUUGACGUGCCGACUUCCAUCUUUCGAAGUGUGGCUGUGACUUCCACAUCCAGCUUUGAACUCGCAACACCAGCACACACCUGCAUGCGCGCAAGUUGUCGUGAAAGAGGCAUCCAUACCGACGGGCUUUCCUAACAUCACAGUCUUCACCAACCCUGGCUGAGGAAGGUGUACACGAACGUGAGCAUGAUAUUAUGCAACACCAUUCCUUACUUCCAGACGGUGACGAUGACGAACUCCCUAAGGGUAUAUGGGUGUCAUCUCAUUCAUAUACAGUCGGGUAUCAUUUCCUUCAGCAUUGCCAUAUUGGUCAACUGGACUGGUGGACCUUCAUCCUCUGACGACGGUCUUGAAACUCCUCAUGUAUUUCUACGAGUAGUGCUUCUGGUACGACAUAUCCUGUCUUCUAGUCAAGCUUUCCGCAUCAGGCAUUCACGUACAAAAAGUCCGUCAAGCUGUAUGAUAUGUGAGGAUGAUUUUAUGCCACUGUGUUGAAUCUAGUCAUUAUUUCGCUGCAUUGUCGAGAAUAAGCUUUCACUGGAGUGAAGUGUAUCAUUGUGAUCUAGAAAUCAUCCUGAUGACGACAGCGACUACCGUUAUAAUCAAAGUGAGGAACAGCGAGGAAGUGAAGACAACGAAGGGAGAGAUUCUUUCCCGGUGAAUACCUGUGAAGUUAGUGAAGUGUUGAGAACUCUAUGCUGGCGCUGGAUGAGGAAAAGAAAUAUGGAUAUCGAUUGAUUUUAUUGCCUUGGCCGUUGUGGACAUGCUGCGUUCUGUCCAAAACAUAAAACGAGAUGGCUAUUAAAAAAAAGGUCAUUCGAGGAAGUGCCCAUUAAAAUGAUCUCUUCCUCCUAAAUAUCUCGCCUAUUUUCGUGAAAGCAUCUUACGUUUUUGCGAUGUAGCACGCUAAGCGCUUAGAAUGACGCUGCUAAAAGACAACUGCACACCGACAGAGAGUGUCGUAUCAUCCUGCUUCAGUGAUCAAAACAUUCAUAGCUCAUUUUUAUGUCUUGGUCUUGUCAGGUGUAUCAUGUUAAAAUAAUACGCGACACAAGUAGCUUAUCCUGACCGUCCUAUCAUUUUAUCGUCAUUGUUCUAGGCGAAUUCAUCGCAAAGUACAUUGUAAUAUCGAUGGAAGGUCACCAAACGACUUUACUUUAUUAUGGACUACACAACCGACGAAAACAUGCAGCAACGUUGAGAACCGUGGUCAACCACAAAAGGAGAGAUCCCGCCAAGUGUUGUUGACAUCCCAGCCUCAGGGUGUGAAACUCAGUAUUCUGCAAAGGGAACAGUUAUGCUACAGUAUAGUAGGAGGUGGCGAGGUAGUAGCACCAACUACACGGAGGACCUUGCCAGUCAAGACAAUUACUAUGACGUCACAGCGGAUAGGUAGAAAGACAAGCGGAAAACUUCGCUAUCGGAAAAAGUGGCGAUCUUCACGCAAGGAUGUGGUGAGUGAGAGAUACAGCGGUACAGCCCCGCCACCUGUUGGAGGUCGUCGGAAGCGACACGUCGUCAGUGGUCUCUUCGUGUAGCCCACUGGCAGUGUUCUUCAACUAUACGACGUUGUGCCAUGGUUGUGCCAAAUACCGCGCGCGACUGCAGCAGGAGACGCUCGUUGUCGUUCGUCGUUGAUAAAGUAUACCUGUUAGCCCAAGAUGUGUUUCCGAGUGACUUGAAAAGACUACCUGUUUCACGAGAACUGAUAAAAAUUACCCUCGAAGACUAGUGACACGAUCAUAUACAUUACUGUUUUUGGCAGAGAUGGGAAUUUGGAGACUUUCUAAUAUUCAGCACAUGAGAAUAAACGACAUCGGACUUGGA